AUGUCAAGUGCUGGACGACUCGAAGGAGAAACGGACUCUUCUGCACAAAGCGGUGAAGACUCUUUGGAGACCAAGACCGAGGAGCGUGAUGGGAAGAAGGCUCUGGCAGCAUCUCGAAAGCAUUCAUGGCCAAAAAAUCGUGGAAGUUUCUGUCAUUUCGUGCUGUAUAAAGAGAACAAGGACACCAUGGACGCCAUCAACGUUCUCUCCAAGUUUCUCAGGGUUUGUCCAAACGUGUUCUCCUACAUGUGUACCAAAGACAAGAGAGCCAUCACCGUUCAGGAGAUCGCCGUUCUGAAGAUUAGCGCUGAAUGGCUAGCUCAUCUCAACAAGUGCCUCAUGAACUUGAAGCUGGGAAACUUUAGCUAUAAGAAACAUCCAUUAAAACUGGAAGAACUGCAGGGGAACCACUUCACUGUGAUUCUCAGGAAUAUCUCUGGCUCUCAGGAGCAGGUGGAACAAGCGAUGACAUCACUGAAGGACAGAGGCUUUAUUAACUACUAUGGCAUGCAGCGAUUCGGCACCACGGCCAUCCCAACGCAUCAGGUGGGCAGGGCAAUUACAGGGCGAUAUUACAGAACAACUGGUAGGAGGUGAUGGAUCUGAUCCUGAAACCCCGUCCUGGAGGACCGUGACCCGGAAGGAUUCCCAUCCGUGUUUAAGGAAAUGUUGGACCAGGU